AUGUAUAUACCGUCUUCCAAAGAAAACAGUAAGUUGGUAUUUUUUACACUCAGUUCUAGGGCGAUACCAGUUCUUAACGACGUCUUUGGAUUCAGCGAAUGGGAGUGGUUCGUACGUGUCAGUUGUUCCGGAACAGAAAGCAGUUUCAUUGAUUGUGCAAACCAGAUAUCAGGAAAAUAUAACUCUGGAUCUGCAGGUGUAGUUUGUACUGAUGACACAGAUUUUAGAGUACGCCUGCACAAUGCUAGCAUAGCAGGACGAGUGGAGGUAUAUCUUGAUAGUGAAUGGGGAGGAAUUGACGCAAGCACAUGGACACAUUCUAAAGCUAAUAUUGUGUGCAAACAGAUUGGAUUAAAGGGUAAAAAAGGUUUGGCUGUAAUCAACAAUCUUUAUGGAAUAUCACCGACCUUAACAUGGUUAAAAAUAAAGGAUCCGUGUUCUUCAGAGAUGCAGAUUUUAAGCUGUCAAGUUGAAGUCUUAGCAGAAAGAAUUUUCAAGAGAGAAGCCGGUGUUAUUUGUGCAGGUUUCUCUCUUUCUUUUUCUCACACACUUCCUAACACAUAA